AUGGGGAGCGCAAGAGGUUUCGACGUCGUUAAGGGUUAUGUGGACACGGAUUACGGCCAGAUACACUUUCGCAGAUGCGGACAAGGCAUGCCGUCCGUGCUGCUCCUGCAUGCCGCCCCGCAAUCCUCCUCCAUGUUCUCCUCCGCGCUCAAGCGCUUUGCCGCUCGGGGGCUGCACGCCGUAGCCGUCGAUCUGCCCAACUGCGGCGAAUCCAGCCGUUCGUCCGUGGAGCUGACGAUCGCUGACGUGGCGGAGAUCGUGCUGCAGGCGAUCCAAGGGCUGAGAUUCACCAGCACCAUCGACCUGCCUGUCCCCCGGUCUAUAGCCUGUCCCCCGGUCUAUAGCCUGUCCCCGCCUGUCCCCCCGCCUGUCCCCCGGUCUAUAGCCUGUCCCCCGGUCUAUAGCCUGUCCCCCGCCUGUCCCCCGCCUGUCCCCCGGUCUAUAGCCUGUCCCCCGGUCUAUAGCCUGUCCCCCGCCUGUCCCCCGCCUGUCCCCCCGGUCUAUAGCCUGUCCCCCCGGUCUAUAGCCUGUCCCCCGGUCUAUAGCCUGUCCCCCGCCUGUCCCCCGCCUGUCCCCGCGUCUAUAGCCUGUCCCCCGGUCUAUAGCCUGUCCCCCGCCUGUCCCCCGCCUGUCCCCCGGUCUAUAGCCUGUCCCCGCGUCUAUAGCCUGUCCCCCGCCUGUCCCCCGCCUGUCCCCCGGUCUAUAGCCUGUCCCCCGGUCUAUAGCCUGUCCCCCGCCUGUCCCCACCCCACUUCUCCAACAGAUCGGGCAUCAAACGGGAGCGACAGUGGCGCUGCAAAUCUGAUCCGACCUCCCCCAGGUGGUGCGGAGGGUGGUGCUGUGGGGCGUGCCCAUGCUGGGCUUCAUGGAGCGAUUAAGGGGGCCUUCUCUCACAUCGGGCACCAGACAGGGGCGACAGUGGCGCUGCAAAUUGCCUCUGAUUUACCGCAGGUGGUGCGGCGGGUGGUGCUGUGGGGCGUGCCCAUGCUGGGCUUCAUGGAGCGAGGGGACGUGCUGAGAGAAGAACCGCCUGAUUACGAUGGGGACUUGGAGGGCACUGUGGCCACGUUUCUGGAAAAGAGAUACCCGUACCCCGUGCCCUGGCAGCUCAAGGUGCGCACACUCAUAGACAUGCUACAGACGUAUGAACGCCGCCCCUGGCUGACCCGAGCCAUGGCGGUGGUCGACCACGCCGCCCUCCUCGGCUCCCUCCCCAUGCCCGUGCUCUGCCUGGCCGGCGACAGCGAGCCGUAUCAGAAAGCGACGAUGAAAGCCGCCCUGCUGUGCAAGAACGGCAAGUAUGUGAACCUGGGCUCGGCCGGCAGUGACGUGGUAGAUGAAAUCCCCGAUGAUUAUGUGGCAGAGGUCCUGGGUUUUCUCCUGGAGCCAGAUGUAGAUGGGGGUGUGGGGGCAGGGGGAGCGGGGGGAGGGUCGGGGAGAGUGGGGGGCGGAGUGGGGAGGGUGGGGGCGCUGGGGGGAGCGGCGCAGGGGGAGCGGGCGAGCUGGUCGAUUCAGAGUGAGGUGGUGGCGCAGGAUGGGGGGAGGAAGAUGUCUGCUGCUGCUGGCGCCUCGCGUAAGUUCUCCUGUCGAUUCAUGUCCCUUCGCGUGUUCAUCUCCCCGGUUCUGCUUGACCUCGCAAACUUCGAUUCCACUCUGCAUCCGCGUUUUCAGAAUUUCCAAUUCGACUUCGAUCUGGGGGUGUCGUCUGGAUCCGGCAUCGGAGGUGGAGGGGGUCGCUUGGGCGCGGGAGGUGGCAGUCUCAAGGACCAGAAGCUCGGCGGAGGCUUGGCGCACUCACCUGUCUUCGAGCAUCUCUCUCGCCUGUUCCGCUCACCCCCCGUUUCUCCUGCUCUGUGCCUCCUCCGCGCUCCUCCACCCCCCUUCCCCCCUUUUCUCGCCCCCCUCCGCCACCUCGGCCCCCUCCGCACCCUCCGCCCAAUCUUUCCCCCGUCCCCUCAGGGUGGUGGAGGGCGACCAGGCGCGGGAGGCGGCUACGCGCAGGGCGCCACCUCGUGGUCCACAGGCGGAGGGGGAGGGGGAGCAGCGCGCGCGCCCCCCGCCUCCGCCAGCUCCUAUGCGCAGGGGCAGGCGCAGGGGCAGGCGCAGAGGCAAGGGGGAAGUGGGGGAGGGCCCAGCUGGGUCCCUCUGGGGCAGUCCGGGAUUGGCAGCGGGGGGAGUGGGGGAAGCGGAUAUGGGGGGAUGGGGAUGAGAAUGGGAAUGGGGGGAAUGAACGCCAAGCCUCUAAACUCCUCCCUGUCGUCAUCUGGUGCGUCAGCAGCAGCAGCAUCUGCCAGCAAGGCGGAUGACGUGUUUGCCAGCCUGUGGAGCAGCGCCACUGCCUCCGCGCGACUCGGGGCGUCCACGUCAUCGUCCACGUCAGCGUAUGGAGGCGCCGCCAGGGACAGCGCGGGAGGGGCAUCUGGGGGAGAUAGAUUUGGGGGAAGUGGAGCGGGAGGGGGAGGGGGAGGGGGAGGGUUUGAUCCGUUUGGAUUCGGAAUGGGUGGUGGGAUUGGCAGUGGCGGUGGUGGUGGCGGUGGUGGUGGGUUAGGCGGUCAGCCCAUGAGGGGCAGCGGCGUUGGAGGCCCUUCACUGCGCGCCUCUGCCCCAUCUGCCGCGUCUGCUGCCACUUCUGCUUCCUCUGCUGCCUCUGCUGAUCCGUUUGCUGCUUCCUGGCCGGACCCAUUCGCCACCGCCACCAGUAGCAGUGGCAGCGGAGGUGGUAACACUGGCAACAUGAACAGUAGCAGCAGCAGCAGCAGUGGUGGCAUGGCAGGGGGGGGAUCUAGAGCCUCAUCCGCGUCUGCAGCAGACCCGUUUGCAAACUUCUCCGCCUCGUUCCCUGCCCCACGCACCGCUGCCUCCUCUGCUGCUCCCCCUCCUGCUGCCUCUGCUGCUUCUGCCGCCGCCGCCGCCGCUGAUCCGUUCGCCGCCUUCUCAUCCAACUUCGGGAGUUCACAACCCCCCAGCAGCUCCCAGCCAUCUGCUGCUGCGGCAGGGUCAUUUGACCCUCUCGUAGACAUGCUUUUCAACCCUAAGCCCACUGCUGCUGCUGGUGGCUCUGGUGCUGGUGCUGGUGCUGGUGCUAGCUCUGCUGCUGGUGGUUUUGCAGCGGCCAGCAGUGACAGCAGCAGCAGUUUCUUUGGGGCGAGCGCAGGUGGUGUUGAUUUUGGGAACCAAGACGCCGGUGAUUGGGGAAGCUUCGGGGACGCUUCUGCUUCCGCCUCCAUGGAAACCACUGUAGAGCUAGACGGCAUCGGGCCGCCGCCAGCGGGAGUCACUUAUAAUGCAGCGCUCAAUAAGGGGACGGAGUUCUACAAAGGGGGGCAGUUUGCGGACGCGAUCAAGUGGCUGGUGUGGGCGGAGCAGCUGGCGGAGAGAGGGGGGCAAGCGGACGGGGGGGGCCUGGUGGCUGUGCUGACUGCCCGCGCUUCAUGUUACAAGGAGGCUGGCGAGAUGAAGAAAGCCGUUGCAGAUUGUAGCAAGGUGCUCGAUCUCGAGCCUGAAAACACAGCAGUGCUGAUGCAGCGAGCAUGCCUGUACGAGGCGAUGGAGAAGUACAAGCUGGGCGUGGCAGACCUGCGCCUGCUCUCCCGCCUCGACCCCUCCAACCGUGCCGUUGCCACGAGCCUCAACCGCCUCAAUAAGGCACUUGCUGCUCUGGGGUGA